CAUAUUUUGCACCGAUUUCCAUACGUCUUGUGGGCUGAGUCAAGUUUGUGCAGAUUCGUGGACGGAGAAAGACAGAAAAACUAAACGUAAUUAUUCGAUUUUUAUUAAAAAAAUUCUACAAAUUAUUGUAAACUUAAAUUGAGUCCCUUUCUGUGAAGUGAAGUCCUAGCCGUGCGAAGUUGCCGCUAACGUAAACGUUGUUCUCCGCUGUAGUUGUGUAAAAUAGUAACAAAAUGUUCAGUUUUUUGAAACGUGAAAAAAACAAUCAAGAGGUUGUGGAGAAUGUGGUGGGGGAGCUUAAGAAAAUCUACCGCAGCAAGUUGUUGCCAUUGGAGGAGCAUUACCAAUUCCAUGAUUUCCAUUCACCUAAACUUGAAGAUCCCGAUUUCGAUGCAAAGCCAAUGAUCCUGCUAGUGGGUCAGUACUCUACCGGCAAGACAACGUUUAUACGAUACCUACUGGAGCGUGACUUUCCCGGCAUACGCAUUGGACCUGAGCCAACAACAGAUCGCUUCAUUGCUGUAAUGCAUGACGAAAAAGAAGGUGUCAUACCCGGCAAUGCGCUGGUCGUCGAUCCCAAAAAGCAAUUCCGUCCGUUGAGCAAAUACGGCAACGCCUUUUUAAAUCGUUUCCAGUGCUCUACACUUAACUCACCCGUCUUGCAGGCAAUCUCCAUUGUGGACACACCCGGUAUUUUAUCUGGUGAAAAGCAACGUAUCGAUCGCGGCUACGAUUUCACUGGCGUACUAGAAUGGUUUGCGGAGCGUGUAGAUCGUAUUAUACUGCUUUUUGAUGCACACAAACUUGACAUCUCCGACGAGUUCCGACGUUCCAUCGAAGCGCUCAAGGGACACGACGAUAAAAUACGCAUCAUUCUUAACAAGGCUGACAUGAUUGAUCACCAACAGCUCAUGCGUGUAUAUGGCGCUUUGAUGUGGUCUUUGGGCAAAGUGCUGCAAACACCCGAAGUGGCGCGUGUUUACAUCGGUUCAUUCUGGGAUCAGCCACUUCGUUUCGAUGCCAAUCGUCGCCUCUUCGAGGACGAAGAGCAGGAUCUCUUCCGCGAUUUGCAAUCACUGCCACGAAAUGCAGCGCUACGCAAACUCAAUGAUUUGAUUAAACGGGCGCGUCUUGCGAAAGUGCAUGCAUUUAUUAUUUCUGAAUUGCGCAAAGAUAUGCCAUCGGUGUUCGGCAAGGACAGUAAAAAGAAGGAACUGAUCAAAAAUCUGGGACAGAUCUAUGAUCGCAUACAGCGGGAGCACUCCAUUUCACCGGGUGAUUUCCCGGACAUCAAGAAAAUGCAGGAAGUGCUACAACAUCAAGACUUCAGCAAAUUCCAUUCGUUAAAACCGCAUCUGCUGGAUAUUGUGGACAAUAUGCUGGCCAAGGAUAUUGCGCGAUUAAUGGAGAUGAUACCACAAGAAGAAAUGACGCUAGUUUCAGAACCGGUGGUGAAAGGUGGCGCCUUUGCUGGAGUAAUCGACGAUCACGUCUCACCGUUCGGUUACAUGAAGGGCGAGGGUAUCGAUGCGGGCUUCGGUGAGCACGACUGGAUCUGCGAACGCGACAAGCCGCGCACAGACACCAUCUUCAACGCUCUCGGGCCGGUGGAAGGACGCAUAUCGGGAGCGACUGCGAAACAGGAACUUAUCAAAUCGAAGCUGCCCAAUUCAGUGCUGAGCAAAAUCUGGAAAUUAUCCGAUGUCGAUGGCGACGGUUUCCUGGAUUCGGAUGAGUUCGCACUCGCCUUGCACUUAAUCAACGUCAAACUGGAAGGCAAUGAACUACCGAAUGUGCUGCCCGAGCACUUAGUACCACCGGCUAAACGUUGCUAAUGUUACAAUUCGCUUUAGAAUUGUUUUCAUUUUUUUUUCGGCGUCAUAACGAGCGAUCGUUUCACCUCGUUUCUGUAUCCUAUAGUAUCGAUGCUAAUCUAUUGAAGAAAUACGAUAUGGUUCUAUGCGCUUAAGUCACUGAAACUUUUUAUUGUACCUACCAACUUUUUGACGCAAAUUAAAAAAAAAACAAAAAAAAUGCAAUUAAUACAACAAAGGCGUCGUUAAAAAAACAUUGUAAAAUACUAAAUGAUCUAUCCCAACAAAGCACUGAAGUUACUAAAUAUGGACAUCUGUUUGUACUAUGAGUAUGUAUGCGUGCGUAUGUAAACGCUUUGCAUUGUAUGUGUGAAAUUAAUCGAUAUGCACUAAAUUAGGUGAAAUUUGAGUUUAACGCCAAGUGCACGUAAUUAGAUCAUAUUUUUGGAAAUCACACAUACAUACAUACAAAUGCGUAAAUAUUACCAAAAGCAAAGCAAAAGUGCUACGCAAUGAACUUUAGAUGAAUUUACAUACAUACAUACAUACAUACAUACGUUGGAACAACACUACAUAAAUAGCUAAGCGCUUGGUUGAAAAAUUUGUUUUUGUUUUCUAUA